CGCAAUGCGCUGAGGGAGCGGGCGGCCGGUCCCGGUUCUUGAUUGGCGGAGAGGCCAGGGUGGCCGAGGUCUGAGCGGUGGCUUCAUGUGGAGGCUGAAGGCCGCGGCGUGUAGAGUGUUUCACCGUUGGCCUAUCACUGGCCCUUCACCCUCAUUGCGUCUGCCUCCUCCUCACUGUGCUGAAGAUGAUGUGUUAAAGCCGCCCUCUGUGGUUUCCACCCGCCCUCUCUUUGAAAGCAGCUCGACAGAUUCUCAGAAUGGAGAUGGUGGAGAGAAAAGAAAAAGAGAAAAGGAGCAGAGCGCUCGGUUUUAUUCCAAGCAGUUGCCUCGGUUUUCGGGAUUGGAUGCUGUUGGCUGGGGUGCAACUGCUGUGGUGCUUUUACAGUUUGCAAGACACCUUCAUCAUCAGUUCUCUCACCACAGUGGCAUCCAGGAGAGUGAUGCAGCCUCACCUUUCUGUGUCCGUAGCAUGGUUACUUCGACACUGGCACCAGCCAGAAUCAUAGAAUUCAGCCGGUGCAUUUUGCCUCAGCGUGUGACUCCGCACUCGAGCAGUAACUCGACAGACCAGAGUUCUGUGUCAGCCAGAUCAUCUGCUCCUGCACAUGGCAAAGCUGUAUAUUUAAGGACCGAACAGCAGGAACACAAUGAAAGCAUUGAGCAAGAUGAGUUGCUGCUUAUAAAAGGUAUACAAUGCUCAGAAUGUGGAAAUAGCCAGCGAGGAGAUCUCCAGAGAGAGGAACCCAAUCCAGAAGAAGUUUUAAACCAAGCCACUUCCAACUUGAGGAGAGCUACAGAGUCCAGCAUUUCUUCCAUUUUAAACAUUAUUGGGCUGGAAAACAUAAAAGCCCAAGACUACCAUAUGGCAUUCUCCUAUUUCAUGAUAGCAGCCAACCAAGGCUAUAGCAAGGCCCAGUACAAUGUUGGAGUCUGCUAUGAGCUGGGGAGAGGCACUGUCAAAGACAAGGAGAAGGCUGCUUUGUAUUACAGUAACGCUGCUGCCCUAGGACACAACAUGGCCCAAUUCCGCUGGGCCAUGUACCUCUUGCACGUAAAACCAAGAAGAGAGACCAGAGAUACCCAGGAAGCCAUACAACAGUUGGAAAAGGCAGCCAAAUCUGGAAUCAAAGAGGCCCAAGCCUACCUCGGUGUACUCUUUACAAAAGAACCCCACCAAGAUCUGCAGCGAGCUGCCAGGUACCUGACAAUGGCAUCUGAAAGUGGGGAUUCUGCAAGUCAAUAUCAUCUGGGGAUUUGUUACCAGAAGGGCUGGGGAGUGAAGAAGGACUUUCAGAGAGUUGUGGAGCUCUACCAGAAGGCUGCAGCCCAUGGACACGCUGAUGCGCAGUGUGCUCUGGGAAUGUUCCACCAGCAAGGACUGGGAGGCCUCCCGGUGAGCUUAACGAAAGCAAUCAAGUGGUAUCAGAGGGCAGCCCUCUUGGGCAGUGCCGAGGCUGUGCGCAACCUGCAGCUCUUGAUAAAAGACCUUCAAAUCAAAGGAAAUUUCAGCUUCUCGGGAGAGCAUACUACCCUGAGGUCUGUGAUGUCCUCCCCUUGUCUCCCUUCCCUGGGCACACCCAGACUGCCCAUCCCUCAGCAACGCCCAAGUGAAGUCAAGGAAGACUGGGGAGGUUGCCACCUGCCAGCAGCUUCGACUCUACCGCACUCGUGGAGCACGGGCUCUCUCCAUGCCUCACCGCUUAGCAAUGGAAGCCUUGCCGCCAGGGCCGAGCUACUGGGAUCGGUGGGCGUCACCUGCCUGAAUCACCGCUCAGAACUCCCGCCCGGGCACCCCACGUUCCGCAGCAGCAUCCCGGGCGUGGGCUGAUUUGCAUGAAAGGGGCCCUUGGAUAGAAGCCGACACGUCACUCUGUGAAUGGAGGGUUCCGAUGCUGUGAGGAUUAUAAUAUACCUCACUGGCGCCAAAUGGAUACUCAGCUCGCCCGCCAGAGACUACACAGACUAUCAUUAAAGAAAAGACCGUGUUGGAGGGAUUUCUGGAACAAACCUUUUCCAUUCUGCCGUGCUCUGUGCCAAUGGCUAAAAAACACCGACCCACAGACUGGCGCACACCUCACCACUGACAGGCAAAGCAGCUCUCUCCACAGAGAGUUACAGAGAUUUGUUUAGUCCAUCAUGUCAGUGCCUGCUCUUUGCUAGCGCAAUCUGAAAACUGAUCCCGCUUGCCCUGUUCUCUUCUCCAGCCGCUCCCCAGGAGAGAUAUAUUUAUAUAUUAAAUCUUCACAUGAUCUGGUGUCUCCGCUCUGAACCUGCAGAUUCCCCACCCGCUCCCAGCCCCAUCGAUCUCUGGAAUUCCCUCCCCCGCCCCAAGUAAUGUUCCAAUAAUCUAUUCAAUAAGAUCAUGGCUGAUCAGAUUGUGGCCUUAACUCCACUUUCCUGUUUGCU